CAAAAACAAAACAAAACCUUUUCAAUACCAAAUAAAUAGUCUUCAGCAGCCACCUAUAGUCUUCACUGACCAUCAGCGCCAAAUCCCAACCCAUUUUCUCGACCCGAAUCCCAUUUCAUGGCUGCUGACGCCAACGGAACCUUCUCAGCCCAAUAUCUCUCUCUUACCGGAAUUUCAUUGACGUCUAUUCUCACCACCCUCACCAUUCACUGAUAUAUUUUUGUUUUCAUCAAAAACCCUUGCACCACUUUUUCUUUUACUUGGUUUCAGCCAUCCGAGUAGAACUUCUUUCCGGGUCGGGUUACUUUUUUCGAGUUCAGGAUUUGUUUGGAAAUGACUACCUUAAAGAGCUGUAGCGUUUGCUUGCGAGACUCGGCGCUCCAGCUUCCGCGUCACAAUUCUGGCGAUAGCUACAAGAGGAGAACUGCAAAAUGGAGAGCUCCACAAGCAGCUGUUCUUCCCAAUUUUCAUCUUCCAAUGCGUAGUUUUGAAGUUAAACACAGGACAUCAGCAGAAGAUAUUAAGUCUCUUAGACUGAUCACAGCUAUCAAAACUCCAUAUCUACCUGAUGGAAGAUUUGAUCUUGAAGCUUAUGAUGCAUUGGUGAAUAUGCAGAUUACAAAUGGAGCUGAAGCUGUGAUUGUGGGCGGUACAACUGGUGAAGGCCAGUUAAUGAGCUGGGAUGAACAUAUAAUGCUCAUUGGCCAUACAGUCAACUGCUUUGGCGGAUCAAUCAAGGUGAUUGGAAACACUGGAAGCAACUCUACAAGGGAAGCUAUUCAUGCUAGUGAGCAGGGUUUUGCCGUCGGAAUGCAUGCAGCCCUUCACAUAAAUCCUUAUUAUGGCAAAACCUCUUUGGAUGGAUUGAUUGCACACUUCAAUAGCGUGAUUUCCAUGGGUCCAACUAUUAUAUAUAAUGUUCCAUCACGAACUGGACAAGAUAUCCCACCAGGAGUGAUUCAUAGAGUAGCAAAAAGUGCAAACUUAGCCGGUAUUAAGGAGUGUGUAGGAAAUGAUCGAAUUGAAGAGUAUGCAGACAAGGGAAUGGUGGUUUGGAGUGGAAAUGAUGAUCAAUGCCAUGAUGCUAGGUGGAGUCAUGGGGCUACUGGAGUCAUAUCUGUUACCAGUAACUUGAUUCCAGGGUUGAUGCGAGAAAUCAUGUUUCGAGGAAAGAACCCUUCACUUAACUCAAAGAUCUUGCCUCUUGUCAACUGGCUAUUCCAAGAGCCAAAUCCAAUUGGCUUGAACACAGCCCUUGCUCAACUUGGGGUUGUGAGGCCAGUUUUCAGGCUCCCUUAUGUUCCUCUUCCUCUGGAAAAGAGGCUAGAAUUUGUCGACCUGGUCAAAGAAAUUGGGCGGGAGAAUUUUGUUGGGGACAGAGAUGUUAAGGUCCUCGAUGAUGAUGAUUUCAUCUUGGUGGGUCGAUAUUGAUCACUAGCUUUUUGUUAUGAAACCUAGGUUUCUUUUUCUUGUAUUCUAUUUUAGGUUCUUUGCUCCAACCCUGACGAGGUCAUAAAUAAACUUCCAUGCUAUUGCUAUGUUACAUUGUAAGGCAGAUUUUUCACUGUGCUGGUUUUACAUUACAGAUGACGAUGGUUUGAGACAUGUUUUCCUGUGUGUAUGUUUUAAGUACUAAUGUGCUUAUGUAUCAUCUACACGAGUGUUGGUGCUGUAUUAUAAUCCAGUUGGAAAAAGAAUUACAU